AUGGCCUCAACGUUACCCGCCGACAGUCCUGAAAAGGGCCCCGAACCCACCGUGAUCGCGCCAACAAUCGCACAAGAAACCCCAGAGCCCACUACCGCGCCAACGCAAGCACAGCAACCUCAGAAAGCAACCGCAGAUGACGAUGACGAUUCAGACUUCGAUGAGCUAGAUGGUACACACACACUCACCUCUCUUACCCCUCCCCCACACAACCCCUCCAAUGGCACGACAUCCCCAUAUACUCACACAAAUUACACAGACGUCCUCGACGACUUCAACAAACCCAAACCCGCACCUCCCGCAAACCCCCCUGCGCCCUCCAGCAACCCGGACCCCUCAACGGGCAUCACACCCGCCGACUUCGACGAAGAUGCCUUCCUCAAGCAACUCGAACAAGACAUGGCCAAGAUGAUGGCCCCAGACGGCGCAGGAAGCAGCUCCGACCCCAAUUUCCAAGCAACCGUCGACCAAGGCGCAGAUGUCUUCGCCAAGCAGCUCGAGGAGAGUGGGAUCGCGCCUGGCGAUUUCCUGAAACAGCUUCUUGCCGAUGUCAUGGCGGAAGAAAACGGUGCUGGCCCUGGCGCUUCUGCGGAGAAGGUCGCUGCCGCUGCAGGGGUCUCUGCUAAUAGUGCAAGUGCCAGUGCGAGUGCAAACGCAGGUGCAAGUGCAGAUCCCGAGCAGCCUGCCGACUCGUUCAAUGAUGCUAUCAAGCGCACGAUGGGACGUAUGAAAGAGAGCGGUGAUAAGGCUACCGCUGCGGCGAGUAAUGAGGAUGAUAUCUCGGAUGAUAUGCUGGCGCAGUUGUUGAAGGCUGUCGAGGCGGGUGCGGCUGGUGCAGGCGAGGAUGGAGAUUUGUCGAAAAUGUUCAUGGGCAUGAUGGAGCAGCUCUCGAACAAGGAGAUGUUGUAUGAGCCGAUGAAGGAGUUGGAUGGGAAGUUCGGGCCGUGGAUUGAGAAGAAUAAGGCCAGUGGAAAGGUCUCCAUUGAGGAUAUGGAACGCUUUGAGACGCAGGCGCGGGUCGUUAGGCAGAUUGUUGUUAAGUUCGAGGAGAAGGGCUUCUCUGAUGAUGAUCCCAAGUGUCGCGAGUACAUUUGGGAGAGGAUGCAAGAGAUGCAAAGUGCCGGAAGUCCACCCGAGGAACUUGUCUCGAAUCCCCUCAUGGAAGACUUGGGCGGUGCUGCGGCUGGGGCUGCCGGUGUGCCUGAUUGCCCGCAGCAGUAA